AUGACCACGACUGAAGAACCAAAAGUCGAAGAAAAACAGCCAGCUGAGAAGAAAGUUGUUGGUAAGAGUCAGCGCUUGUACGAUUCAACGUUGCAUGGGUUGAAAGCGACAUCGCAAACAUGUGCGCCGUAAUAGCGUGAAUAUGAAUUGUUAAUGUAUAUUGUCACGAUAGGUUUUCCGGCCACAUGGCUUGCCCUUAUUGCUUAGAUUUCGUUUCAUUUACUGUUACAUUGGUUAAAAAAUUUUUUUGUCUGGUUUUUGUAAAUGACUGACGUGGCUUUUCGAACUUUCUAGCCAGUAAAGUGACCGGUACGGUGAAAUGGUUCAACGUUAAAAAUGGUUAUGGCUUUAUCAACAGGUAAGCAAGAGUUUAAACUAGUCUUUUCUUUACCGCGCUUGUCCUUUGUCCUUCAACCUCAUUUAAACAAUUUUGAUUAUUUAGCACCGUUAUUCAAAUCGCCCUCCUGAAAACCGUAUUUGAAAUACGCGAUUGGCGUGGUGGUGAUGGCGAAGGCAUCGCAAGCGAGUUUUCCGUUUCCACCUUGUGGCCACGCUGAGCUAAUUUGCAUAUUUCAGUUUCCCACCUACAAUCACUACUCAAGUUUCGUUCUAUUUUUCUUUUUUCCCCAGAGAUGACAACAAGGAAGAUAUAUUUGUUCAUCAGGUAAGUCGAUUAACCAGUUUACAUGCGUGUAAAAACUUUUUUGCAAGCCUAUGUGUGAUUUAUUGCACGUUGAUGCACGCUAAUAGGUUUGAAGGUGUAUUUAAUCUUCGUUUAUUUAAACAGGAUCUAAAAUUAAUGAAUUUUGGAAAGAUAACCACCCGUGGGUCUCUUCAGCCCUUUUUUUUCCUUGUCAUUUAUCUUGGUUCUGCUGUCGUCAGUUCCUUCCCUUCACUGACACAUUUUCUUGACCUUUCAGGGCUUCCCUCAUCCAGUCACAAUUCUUUUUCACACCCCUCUUGUUUAAUGAGACAAGAACGAUUUAUCGUCAUGAAGUGAGUUGAAGUAAAAGCCACAUGUCUUAACCGUAUCCGAAUAAUAUAUAGAUGUGUAAUAACCCUAUUUGAAAAGUGACAGGUUCAGUAUACAAUCUCCGCAAUGAUUCACCAGUGUUGAUUUAUGAGAUCAAGAACCUCUCAACUUUAUGUGAUCAUCUUGGAUCUACCCCAGUGAAAUACCGUAUGAAACAACAGCAACGACCCUUCUUCACUUCAAGCAGAAAAAUAGAAUGUUUGCAUAGAGGGACUUAUAUAACUUUGAAGGUUCAUUUGGAAGUUGAAAGUUGGCAUGAUUUUGCUCAGGAAAGAUUAAUAUUAGGGAUCUUUUGUUCGUGUGUUUAAGUGCGUGUGAUAAUGACAUAUGUGAGAACAUGCAUGUAGUUAUUGGUGGUUGGAUGGUGAUGGCCACAUAUAUGUUCAUACCAUACCAUACCAGAUAGAUUUUUUUUGGCUGACCCAGAAAUAAUAUAUAAUGUAUAUAAGGUAUUUAUUAUUAUUAUUAUUAUUCCUCAAGCCUGAGUGGGCUCUGAGUCAAUAGCCCAUGAAAUUGGCUAUUGACUCAGAGGCCACAAGGGCGAGAGGAAUAAUUAUUGUAUCCAACUAGUCGGUCAAAAAUAUCAAGACAAAACAAUUUCAGCUGGCAAAAUGCAAUUCAGCUGCCAGUGAUUUGGUUUUCAAACCCAGUGCUUUUCACUUCUAGUUGGCUUUAACAUGUAGCCUAGUAGUAGCUCAAUCAAAACCAACGUGGUUCAAAUUAUUAUUUUUAAACCAGUGGUACUAAUGAAUCAAACAGAAGCAUGCAUUAUGAUGUAUCAGUGGCCUGCAUCACAGACAUGAUCUCACCCCUCGUCUGUGAAGAAAUGCUGACAUUGUUGUUCUUGGCCCCCAACUGAUUCAACAAAUUACCGGAAGUGUUUUGAAUUUUUCCUUUAUCCUGACUGGCAAACUAAAUAUGGCUUUUUUAACAGGCCGGUCAUGGCUCAUAUUCAAACCUUAGUACACAGAUGUGGGCCCACAACAAGGAUUUUGGAGCUGGUUUGCAUACAGACUUUAUCAGAAGUUUAGUUCUGUCUGUGUUGCAGGCUAUAUGUGUCAGUAGCAUUAAUUUUUUCUGGUUUCACCUGUUUGCCUGUUCACAUGUGCUCCCCCAAAAAGGUAUAUACCAUUCUUGCAAGGUUGCAUUUCAGAAGGUGGAGGGGGCAGGGUUGGAGGCCAAGUAAAGCAAAAAUAUGUCUUAACUGGAACUUCAUGUUAAUUAAAUUAGGCCUAUCUGCUUUGAAUCAUAGAUGGAUUGAAAGCUUCCCUGUUAAUUGUGAACAGAGGCUUCACCUGUUUACUCUACUCUUAAAGCCCUAACUGUAAUCAGUAUCAAAUUCCUCCUUGCAACAUCAAGAACAGAGUGGUGUUGAGAAUUAAGGACUUGAUCAAACAAGAUGAGUCUAAUUGAUAUUUUUAACAAAUUCUCCCCACUACUUCUGUAGGAAACUUAUAAGGACAGAAAAUGAGAAUCUGAAUUUUGAUGUUAGUUAAAGGUUAAAAGGGUUGCAUGUGUUAAUUUACAGACUGCCAUCAAGAAGAACAAUCCUAAGAAGUACUUGCGCAGUGUUGGAGAUGGGGAAACUGUUGAAUUUGAUGUAGUAUCAGGAGUAAAGGUGUGUUAUUUUUCGAUCUCUUUGUCUAAUAUGAUAUUAGAACCAGGACACAGGUUUAAUCAUGUUUCCAUGAUAAGCUGGCUAUGACACGUGAAGUGUGAUUACAGUGGAACUUCUCUUUUGGGACACCAGUAUUCAAGGGAUGUCUCUAUUCUGGAGACACAAAAUCUGGUCGCGGAAAAAUGUUCACGUAAUCCCUGUAUUUGUAACCUCUUUUUAAGGGACACAGGUCUCUAUUCAGGGAAAGGGACACUUUUUCUGGGUCCCAAAACCAGGAUUUAACCUCCACUCAGGGGACAUCUUAGUGCUCAAUAAGUGACUGACCACAAGAAGCGUUGAUGAGUUUAACUAGUCACAAUAGCAGCACUUUUCAAAAUAUAAACUUUCACACUGAAAUCAAUGUUCUGCACUUGUGGGAAUUCAACACAAAACAGUGCAGAAAUAAGUUCAUCAUGAUUUUUAAACAUUAUCUAGCUGCUUGAAAUAAUGACUGCAGCAGAUUCCGAGUUAGGGACACUCUGUUUAGUGGACAAUUACUUUGAUCCUGAGGGUGUCCCCUGAAUAGAGGUUCCACUGUCAUUCUCGUCUGUUCACACUAUUUGCAGUGGCUGUCAAAUUUGUUUCUUUGGAAAUUUUUUGCCGCGUUGUGGUUUCUUGUAGUAGUUUCUUAGGUGGAAAUGAAAUUUUAUCAAAGAUCAUUGUAAGCUCCUCAUUUCUUUUUCCACCUUUAGCUGCUAACUUCUCACAAUAUCCGCCAAAUGGAGAGCUUGCCCCCAGGGUACAGAAACUGUGACAUGGCUCUUUUCAUACUCUACUUAAGCACAGGGUUCACAAAUACGCCAAAUCUGGCGUAUUUUACGCCAAAAUUGUUCAGAUGACUCCACAGAGGUUACGGAGGGAGUCACUUCGACUCCAGAAAUUUUCGGUAACAAACAGGGAGCCACUUUGACUCCAGAAAUUUUCGGUAACAAACACAGUUUUGUCCUGACCUUUUUCGCAACAAAUACAAUUUUCGUUAAUUGUAAACGUUGUAAACCUUAAUUAAAUCAUCAAAAUUAAAGAAUUAUACUGCACGACAAAACAGGGUAAAUUAUGAUCAAAGUUUACUCGAUGACCGCCAUCAUGGAUUUAAGCUUUCCAGGUCAGCGGAUCGCCACAGCUACUUCGUGUAUCCCUCACGAUAGUGUAUACAUGCAAGGACCACGUGCUUGAAAGUCUGAAAAUGGCUUUUUUUGUUGUGAUACUUGACUCCAAGAAUUCCAAAAUGACUCCAAAAUUUGUGAAGCAGAAGUCACAGUGACUCCACUUAUCAAUAAAAUUUGCAAACCCUGACUUAAGCAUGUUUUUGUUUUUCAUUGUUUUAGGGUCUUGAAGCAGCCAAUGUGACGGGACCUGAUGGAAGCCCUGUGCAAGGAAGCAAGUAUGCACGUAAGUACUUGGCAAAAUGAUGCUUUGUUGUCUAAUUACUUGGAAAUUAAAAAAGUGACAAUAGUUUGUCCAAAGAAAUAUUGUCUGGAAAUACCCUUAAUGCAAAAGCUUGAAAACUAAGUGUCAGCAACAUCACCUAAGAUUUAUUCUUUAGUUUCUAAAAACUACAUCUGAAGUAGUUGUCUUUCCUUCAAGUGGCUAAAAGAGCACAUAAACUUAGCUUGCUUGUUUCAAUUCCCAUUUCAGACAGUGUGAGGUAACUUUAGAGAAGUGUUUCUUUCAUAUUCUGUCCUUUCUGGGUAUGAUCACAUAAAUUAUGUAUUAAAAACAUCAAACUUUACUUUACGUGAGGAAACUAAUGUACCAGUACCCUGAUAAAGAGGACUAUUAUUGUGAUGUAUGUCAGUGCUAGAGAGGCAUUGGCCUCUUGUUGAGAAAAGAAGCGGGAAAGAAACUGGCCAUAACAUUUUAUCCAAAAAUGUUUGUGAUCUCAGAAGGGCCAUGCUCUACUCGAUGGCCUCUGACGCCUUAGUUUUGCUUUUGGGCAGAGUUCUACAUAUACAAAAUCGUAGCUUUUGUCUAGAAAUCCUGUGCUGAAUACCCUUGAGAAGCACUGGGCUCCCUUCAAUUUUUCUUAGAGGAGAGCCUUGAUCAACCUCGCGUGUAGUUUGAAUUAACAUGCUGUUGAACUGAAUAUGAAAUAACCUGACUGUAUUAGUUUCUUUUUCAUUCAUUAUUUAAGAAAUGGGUCGGUGGACGUGUAAAAUUGUCUUUUGUAGGAUUUUAAUCUCAAUAAUGCUCUUGUAAUUUCAGCGGACCGCCGAAGAAACUACUAUCGCAACUACUAUAACAAUCGUCGUGGAAGACGCCGUCCCAGAGGAAGGCCUAACGUCGCUACAAACGGCGAAGUAAAAUCUGGGGACGAGAAUGAGACCAAGGAAGAGGAAGAAUCAGGGGACCAGCGGGAAAGAAAUGACAACGAAGAAAGACCACGCCGCAGACGGUAUUACGGCAGACCACCCCCCUGGGCUAGGCGCCGUCGCCGUCCACCGCCUCCCCGGGAUGAGUCAGGAGACCAGUCUGAGGAGGGGAAGGGUGAUGAGCAGAGAGAGGAGUCAGGUGAUGGAGAAGAGAGGAGACGACCUCGUCGCCGGCGCCGUCCAAGGUACAGUUCACAAGCCUUGUGGUGUGCACUAUUCUUUAUUACGCUCAUUUCUCAAAAUAAGCUUAUGUUGCUGUCUAGUAUUACUUAUGUACUUUAUUUUGUCCCUGACCUAAGUAGGGAAUGGUUUAAGCUUCACCAAACCGGCCCAAAAAAUCAAAAGUUACUGUGCUUGAAUUAUUAUUUUGAUUUGUUACUUGCCCCAGGUAGGCAAAAUGUGAGAGCUGCUUGCCCAAUAGAAUGUGCUGAAAUUCAAGUUUUUUCUAGCACUGUUUUAAAGGUUUUACGAAUUUAAACCAAGCUCUUAUGAUGAGUCAUUUUGUUUGCAGGCGCAGGCCUGAACAAGGCCCAGAAGGCGAGGAGAGGGAAGAGCGAGGCGAACAUGACCAGGAAGAGGAAGGCGGGGAAGGUGGAGAAGAGGUACGAGACCAACAGAAUCAUCUCUAUUGUGAAACUUCUUUGGUACUAGAGUCCCGAAAAUUAUGCCGGUUACCAAACACUGAUCUUGUUUUGGUGGCCAGUUAAGUUCUCAUUAUUCCCCACUCUGAAAAAAAUGCUUUUUUUUACUACCGCAAAUGCUCGAAUUAGCGCUGGGGCGCUUCUUUCGCUUUUCAGAGUCUGUGCAGCCUUAAAAUAACUUCAGUAUUUCCAGUAAAUACACAUUGAAACUGUCAACUACAACGUUAGUCUGCUACACAGACACAGCCGUUUUUAGUGUCGUCACGUAACGCUCCUCCCAACAAAGCAGCCGUUUGUGGGGAGGAGCGUAGCGUUGCGUGACGACACUAAAAAUGGCUGUGUAGUGUAGUGUAGUUCCUGAAAAAAGUAGCACAUUUCAUAGUCAUAUUUCCCUCUCUGGCAUUGAAACCCUCCUAUUCUACGGAAGAGAGAGGACGUUAUUUGAAAGAGGGCGGCAAUUCGAACAUGAUUUUACCUUGUGAGCAAAUUCUUUGGGAGCAAGUUGAAACUUGAUACCUUAUUUAUUGCUCUUGUAGCGUCCACCUCAAAACCGUCGCCGUCGUCGUCGUCCGUACAACCGCAGAUAUCCUCGACGUCCUCGUGGAGAGGUGAGCAUUACAACCCCCUUUAAAUCCUCUGUAGCUGAAAGUAAUGUUUGUAUUUACAACAGAAAGUCAAAUCGAUCUUAUUCCUUGUUCGCCUUGCUUCUUUUACACCGACUGUGUCAGAAAAGUUAGCACUGUUAUCUUUCUUGAAGGAGGUUAAGUCCUCUCUGACGAUCAUAGCUUGCGUAGCUGGGUUUUUUUUGGUGCGUUUUUUAUUUUCUGGUUCGUAAAGUAAGAGAUUCAACUGCGCGAACCGAGGACGAAAAAGAAAACGAUGGGAGAGGGGGGCACCGAUUGAUGAUUGGCGACGGCUAUCAUGUUUUCCCGCCAAAAUGACGCUGAUUAACGCGUGAGCACUACUUAGUAUUAAGAAAGUCGUGUUCUCGAAUCUAAAGGUCUCUAAAGGUUAUCUGGCCCUUCUACUCUCAGACUUUGGUGUAGAGCUGCAAAUGACAGGACUAAAAUUUGCUGUGUCCGACAGAAGGCUGCCUACGGUUGAACAUGUUGACUGGACAGAUUAUAUAAUAUAGACCAUCAUUUUGAGGCAGAAUAUUUGCAUGGCACUUGUAAAAAAGAUUUGAAAGUCAACUUAAUGUAUACCCAAAAAAGUUUCAGAUUGCUUCAACUAAAAUGGUAUCCAGGUCGGACAAGACACACGCCCUUGUGUAUAAAGAAAAAAUCUUGCAUAUCUUUAGCUUUCUCGUGAAUGUUCACAGACCUAACUUGCGAGAAGAGGUUUCUCUCUGGCAUGGCUUUUAGCAUUUGUAAGGUAACUACGCGACUGAUAGCAACGCGGACGACUUUGUAAAUCAGCUAAAAACAUGCUGGAAAGGUUGUUUAUUCAAAAUGCCCCUUCUUUUUAUGUAAACAGGACGGGGAAAGAGGGAAAGAAGACCAAGAAGCAAAACCCGAGAAAGAAGAGGCUACCAAAGCCGACGGUCCCGCGGAAUAA